CAUCUAGCAUUCUCGAGUCUCCAAACUAGAUUACCGACCCUACCUGUAAUCUUACCUAUAAUACUACCAUAGCUCAGCUCCGAUACCUGCAACCUACGAGCUUCCUCGACCGCCGCGUCUUCCAUUCCCUAAUAGCGCUGUCUCCCAUAAUCCAGGCCCCGCUACACCCGCAACACCUAUACCUUUGCUUGCCGAUCGUGUUAGGCAUCGCAUCUCGGAGGACGAGCUGCAAUUUCGGCUGCGACGACCUCAAAUUACGCAAUUGUUUCCGCAUCUCCACAGAUGCAGCAAUCCAACACCCCCCCUUAGUUCUACGACGAAUCCCCCCGGCCCGGGUCACGGCCCAAAGUCCGCGCCAUGCUGGAAGGGUUAGUCGCCGGGUUGCUGAACCGCUUCCUGGGCAUGUACGUCAAAAACUUCGACCCUGCGCAGUUAAAGGUCGGCAUUUGGUCCGGCGACGUGAAGCUGCGUGACCUCGAACUCCGUAGAGAGGCUCUCGACCAACUGAAGCUUCCCAUCAACGUCGUCGAGGGCCAUCUGGGCCAGCUCACCCUCGUCAUACCCUGGUCCAACCUGCGAGGUGCUCCUGUCAAGGUCUUCAUAGAAGAUGUCUUUCUUUUAGCCUCCCCCAAGGAGGAGGCUGCCUACGAUGCUGAGGAAGAGGAUCGGAGGAAACAACGCAUCAAGAUGGAGAAGCUAGACUCGGCUGAGCUGAUCAAAGAGCGAAACCAAGAGGGUCUCAGUCAAGAGGAGCAAAAGAAGAGCCAGAGCUUUACAGAGAGCCUUGUCACUAAGAUUGUCGACAAUCUGCAGGUUACAGUCAAGAAUAUUCAUUUAAGAUACGAGGACUCCAUUUCCGCUCCGGGCCACCCUUUUGCGCUCGGCGCUACCCUCGGAGAGUUCAGUGCCAUAAGCACCGAUGGUGAAUGGAAAUCCACGUUUAUCCAGAAUACGUCGCAAACGACGCACAAAUUGGCCACACUUGCUUCAUUGGCUGUAUACUGGAAUACGGACUCGGACCUCUUCGGCUCAGGCCGCGAAAUGGCUGACGAAGCCAAAACCGUACCACACAACGAGAUGAUAGACAAGUUCAGAACUAUGAUUAAUGAUACUGAAGGCGCUCCUAGCUCUAAUCAUCAGUACAUUCUCAAGCCCGUGAGCGGUCAAGCCAAGAUUGAGUUGGACAAGUCUGGCGAUACAUACACGCCUAAAUUCAAAGCCAAUCUACUCUUCGAUGAGAUCGGUGUGGUGCUUGACGAUGACCAGUACCGAGAUGCCUUGAUGAUGGCCGAUCUCUUCCACUACUUUAUCCGCCAUCAAGAGUAUAAGCGACUUCAGCCCAAAGACGCAAGUCCAAAGGAAGAUCCCCGUGCUUGGCUCCAAUUUGCCGGAAAUGCCGUUCUUUCCAAGAUACACGAGCGAAACCGUCGAUGGACCUGGGAUUACUUCCGUGAGCGUCGCGAUGACCGCCUUCGUUAUAUCGAGCUGUUCAAGAAGAGAAAGGCGCAUCAGCAAUUGUCGCCACAGGAUACAGAUGAUCUCAACACGCUUGAGUGGAAGCUGGGCUAUGAGGAUCUGCGUUUCUGGCGGUCCUUAGCUCGCAAUCAGCUGAGGAAAGAGAAUGCCGAAGCUCUCAAAAACGCCCCAUCGAAGACUGAGCAACAACAAGGAUGGCUCUCUUGGGUAUGGGGUUCAAAACCUGCCGAAUCGACCGACACAUCCGAGAAUACUCAGAUGACGGAGGAACAGCGACAGGAACUGUACGAAGCCAUUGAUUGGGACGAGAAAGCGGCGCUAGCCGAUGCAGUCGAUUCUCCGCGCGAUGCAGUGAAGCUAGAAGUAAAUGCAUCACUGUCGACGGGCAGCUUCACACUAAGACAAAGUCCACAUGGCAGUAAAACUGAUCUGCUAAGUUUGCAUUUUGACAUCUUCAAAGCCAAAGCCUUGAAGCGCACCGACUCUUUACUGGCAGAUAUCAGUUUGGGCGAUUUUCGAGUGAACGAUGGCACCACCCCGGAUAGUCUGUUCAAGGAGAUCGUCAGGGUCAAAGAUGCGCCAGACAGCCGUAAACAAAAGCGGCUGUCUAUAGUCGAGCUUGAGAAUACGGACCGGGAAACUUUCUUCGGCUUGCAAAUUGAACAGAACCCCCUGGACGGGGAAGGUGACUUUGCUGUCACAGCCAAAUUAAAGCCGUUGGAAGUUGUAUGGAAUCCCAACUUCGUUGUGGGUAUUGUUGACUUCUUCAAGCCACCAGAGCGCCACAUGGAGUCCAUAACCGCUCUCAUGGAAACCGCAGGAGCAACAGUCGAGGGCUUGAGGCAGCAAACGAGAGCUGGCCUAGAAUUCGCCCUCGAAGAACAUAAAACGAUCAACGCAAAGCUGGAUCUGCAAGCACCAUUGAUCAUUAUUCCCCAGUCUAUCAAAACAGCUGACUCAACCUGUCUCAUAUUGGAUGCUGGUCAUAUAAGCCUCAACAGCGAACUCGUCGACAAGGGUACUCUGAAGCAGAUACAAGACAAACAGCAACAGAGGUACUCUGAGGAGGACUUCAAGCAACUCGAGUCACUCAUGUAUGAUCGUUUUCUCGUCAAAUUGACAUCAACCCAGGUGCUGAUUGGCCCCUCAAUCGAAGAGACGAAAGCACAGUUGGUGCACAAAGACGAGCGUCACAUGUUUCAUGUUGUAGAUAAAAUCAAUGUCGACUUCGUUGUAGCACUCUCAAUUUUGCCAAAGGCACCGAACCUCACCAAGGUUAAAGUUUCGGGUCACAUGCCUGUUUUACAAGUUAAUGUAUCGGACACGAAGUAUAAGAGUUUGAUGAAGAUUAUCGAUGUUGCCAUACCAAAGCUUGGUAACCAAGAACAGCAGGCUGUCGACACGCAACCACGACCUAAGCGACCUAGGUUGAUCAGCUCAGCAUCUAGCCGUUUCAAUGCAAGCCAUGGCCGUAAACGCUCCUCCAACCUAUUCCUCACCCAAGAAACUGCUAUUAUUCUUGAGGACGAUUCUGACGAUGACUCUGACGAGUUUGAGGACGCGGAGGAUGGCAAUCCAAAUCAACAGCUGAAGCUGCAACAGCGCAAUUUCGAGAUGAAAUUUGCUGUAGACAAGCUACAGGGAUCUUUAUACAAGAGUGACUCUGAAGGGCGCAAUCCUGACUCACUUCUCGUCGAGCUCGUCGCAGAGAGUUUCGCAUUUGACCUGUAUGUCAGGCCAUAUGAUCUGGCAGCCGAAGUAUCGCUCGGUUCAGUGACGGUCGAUGAUUUCGUGGACAACCCGUCAGCUGAGUUCAAAUCCAUAGUCUCUUCGGGUGACGUAGAUGAUCACCAACAGCAAAGAGAUCUUGUCCGAGUCAAAUUCACCAAAGUUAGGCCCGACUCGCCAGAGUUCAUGCCCGUAUACGAAGGGAUUGAGACGAAUGUCAACGUUGCCGUCUCAACAAUCAACCUCAUCGUAACAAGAAAGACUCUGCUCACACUUCUAGACUUUAUUCUCAUUACCUUCGCAAACAAUGGCGGUGCAGAGAAUCAAUCCCAAAAGCGCAUUGCCGAUGCAGGGGAAAAUGGCCAAACCGUUGAGAUCAAUGAUCCUGCUCAGAUUUCCGAGCAGACGGAGAGUGGGUCUAUACGAGUGAAAGUUGACCUGAAAAGUAUUCGCAUGAUCCUCAACAACGAUGGCAUUCGUUUGGCAACCCUAUCUUUCAACCAUGCCGACGUUGGGGUCUUCAUUUCCGGCAGAACUAUAAGGGUUGCAGCUAAAUUAGGAGAUCUCACUUUAGUCGACGACAUCAACGUUGGUGCAAAGGAAAGCUCGAGCUUCCGACAGCUCGUCACAAUCCAAGGUAAUGAGCUUGCUGACUUUCGCUAUGAGACAUUUGAUGCAAGCAACAAGAAGGCGUAUCCCGGUUACGACUCUUCAAUAUUCUUGCGAGCUGGCUCAAUCAAGGUCAAUUUUCUCGAAGAGCCUUUUAGGAAAAUCAUCGAGUUUUUGGUCAAGUUCGGAAAGAUGCAAGCGAUUUACAAUGCUGCACGCCAGGCUGCGGCAAACCAAGCCCAGCAACUGCAACAGAUUACCAGCAAGGUCAAGUUCGAUAUCAUUGUCAACACACCGAUCAUUGUUUUCCCGAGACCUCUUUCUCCUGAUCGACCUAACAGGGACUUGGUUACUGCUUAUCUGGGAGAAAUCUAUGCUCAAAACAAAUUUGUGCCUCUGGACGACUCCGAAAGCUCAGAGAUAGCUAUGAAGCUCUCUGCCGGAAUCAGAAACAUCAAGUUGACGUCGUUGUUUCACUACGCUAAUGAUCAGUCCGAGGAGCUAGAAAUGAUUGACCACGUUGACUUUGGCAUCAAUAUGACAUACGCAGAACACAAGGAAGGAUGGAAGCGUCCAGAUAUGGAGAUCGAAGGGAGCAUGACUGACCUUAAUCUCCGGAUUACUCAGUAUCAACUCAGAUACUUGUUGGCUAUAUCUAGAUCCGUUCCGGCUGCCUUUGUGACAGAUGCAGGCGCUAGUGAAGAGGAAGCAGAACGAGAUGUGGAUGAGGGGACACUUCGAAGGGCAAAGACCAUGUCAUCCGUUAAUACUAGCUCGGAUGGCGACAUUGUGGACUUAUCCCCCGAGCUGGGUUCUCGUGACGCGACCUGGACGAAGCUCGAUCUCGUCUUCACGAUCCACAAGGUGGGACUAGAGUUGAUCAAUGCCCCUGAGGAUAGGCCAGUUGGCAACACCGACGCAGCAGGUCUCUCCCGGUUUUCUCUAGACGACAGCAAAUUGAAACUGAGAAUGCUAGCUGACAACUCACUUGAGGCGGAGUUUGUAAUCCACUCAUUCACCAUAUAUGAUAGUCGCGCGCGUGAUGGGAACAAGUACAAGAGGAUCAUGACUUCUUCGAACAAGAGCGUACAGCAGUUCAUGGCGACCGUCUCUAUGGCUCAAGGCAAGGAGCAGAGCAUGAUUGCAGUGGUCGUUGUCGACAGUCCGAGGAUUAUCUUUGCGUUGGACUAUCUUUUUGCCAUACAAAAGUUUAUCACACUUGGGUUGCAGACCGAUGAGCCAGUUCAGGAGAUCAUGGAGAGCCCUACAGAAACACCAGAUAUAUCAGAUACCGAAUCUUUGCAGGUUCAAUGGACUGGGAAGCAGCCCGAAACUGAAUCUCGAACAUCACUACUAGAUGCAGAGACGUCACAACAGCCUAAGAUGAAUGUUGCAUUCCGCCUCAACAUUGUGGAUGCGCAAGUCAUCCUGAUAGCGAAUCCACUUAGCUCUAGCUCAGAAGCUAUUGUGCUCAGAACUAAGCAGGUUCUUUUGUCACAACAGCAUUCGCUCACUUUUCAAGUCUCGCAGGUCGGCAUGUUCCUCUGUCGCAUGGACAAGUUCGAUGAGUCUCGACUACGUGUCCUGGAUGACUUCUCUGUUCAAGUCUACAUGGAUAGUUCACGGCCCAGUCUUACCAAUAUACAUGUCGAUAUUGAACCGCUUAUCCUCCGGCUUUCCCUUCGAGAUAUCCUUCUGGUACUUCAAAUUGUGGGUAAAGCCUCUGAGCUUUCAGAAGAAGACGAGGGCAAAGACCACCAUACUGCCACACAGAAGGACGGCCAACGCCAGCGCCCUGGUAGUCUCAAGGAACGCUCAGCUAGCGGAAAGGCCAACUCCACCAUUGCUGCCUCCAAAUCCAGGACAGCCAAGAGCACUGGCACGAUGACCCAUAGGACCCAGAGGGACUCUGCGGGCCGGCCGCAUGAUGUCAGUAAACCGCCGCAGCGCCACGAAGAGCUAACCGCUACCAUUGAAGGUAUGCGUGUCGUGUUGAUUGGUGAUGUUCACGAGCUGCCAAUUCUUGACUUAAGCAUAAAGAAUUUCACAGCAUCGGCAGCAGACUGGUCGAGUAACCUCAAAGCAGAGACCGCUAUCGACAUGUAUAUCAAUGUCUACAACUUUGCCAAAUCUGCUUGGGAACCCCUGCUAGAACCGUGGCAAGUAGGUUUUGGAAUUGCGAGAGAGCAGAGUACCGGGCUUCUUUCCGUUGACCUGACGUCGAGGAAAACAUUUGACGUGACAGUCACGACAGCGACCAUUGCACUGGCUUCAAAAUCAUUUGCCUUCCUUACGCAAGACGAGGACAUUUUAGGCAAACCCAGAGGAGUAGAAGCGCCAUAUAAGAUCCGGAACUACACAGGCUUCAACGUGGUAGUUCAGGCCAAGACGCUCAGCAACCAGGAGAGCAUAUCUCUCAAACUGGAAGAUGGUGAAGAGGCUCCCUGGAGUUUUGAACAAUGGGAGAAGAUGCGCGAGAACGUCAUGUCCGAAAGUACCACGGCGAACAGUGUUACCGUUCAGAUCGAGGGAAGCGGCUUUGAUGCGGUGAAAAACAUCACACUCAAUCGUGAGGGAGAGUUUCUCUAUAGUCUGCGGCCAAAGAUGGAUAACACUCUUCAUCGGCUCCUGGUGGAAGUUAGCCUCGGUGCCGACAAUAUCAAAUACGUGACUUUGAGGUCACCUCUCGUCGUGGAGAAUGAGACGCAGAUACCCAUUGAAUUAGGGGUUUAUGAUGCCCAGGAAGGCCAUCUGCUUAAGAUUGAGAAGAUCGCGCCGGGCGAGAGCCGUCCCGCUCCAGUUGCGGCUGCUUACGUCCAAUCUCUUCUCAUUCGUCCCGAUUCCGGAUUUGGUUAUUCAUGGUCAUCUGAGCAUUUGUGGUGGAAAGACUUGUUAAAGAGGCCGACGCGCACUUUGGUCUGCAAAGGAGAAAACGGUGAUCCUUUCUACUUCCAGCUCAGUGCCAACUAUAACAGAAGUCAUUUCCUUACAGGGAAAUAUCCAUACAUGAAGUUGAAGCUGUCACCGCCGAUAGUCCUAGAGAAUCUCUUGCCAUACGAUUUCAAAUACAGAAUCUAUGACAAGAAUACCAAGAGAGACUGGACUAAUUUCCUUAGAAAGGGCGGCGUCAGUCCAGUGCACGUGAUAGAGCUCUCACAUCUACUCUUGUUAAGCGUGGAUAUGCAAGACACGGCGUUCAGAGCUAGCGAGUUUGCUAUCAUCAACCCUGGCUCUCAAGAGGAUUUUCGCAAGGAAAACAAACUCAUUUGUAAGGACGACGAAGGGCUGCCAUUACACCUCAAACUUCACUACCUCAAAACUCCAAAUGGGGGUGGGGCUUUCAAAGUAACGGUCUUCAGCCCUUAUGUGAUCCUGAACAAGACUGGCCUGGAUGUCGUUAUACGAGGGAAACAAUUUCUACAACAGGCCAAGAGAGCUGCUGGACAAUCUGCACAGCCGGGCGCCUCAAACCAGGAGCGGCCCAAAGCACAACCGCUAAUGUUUUCUUUCGGGAGCGAUGAUCAACGCAAUCGUGCUCUCUUGAAGUUCGACGAUUCGGAGUGGAGUAAACCCCAGAGUUUCGAUGCCAUUGGUAGCACAACCGAUGUGGCGCUUCAGUCUGCUACAAAGCAGUCGGAACUCCACGUCGGAAUUACAAUCGAAUCUGGCGAAGGAAAAUACAAGCUUACAAAGGUCGUCACCCUUGCACCGAGGUUCGUCAUGAAAAACAAGGUCGGCGAGGUCGUGAACGUGAGAGAGCCGAGAUCUUCCAACAUCAUGACACUGGAACCUGGAGCUCUCCAACCCCUCUAUUGGCUCCAAAAAUCACAGACGAAACAAAUAGCACUGUGUUUCCCAGGUUUGGACAAUCAAUGGUCGUCGCCAGUGAAUAUAUCAGACCUUGGCACUACGCACGUCAAGAUUGCUAAAGCUGGACAACGUCAGCGACUAAUACGAGUUGAGAUCUUGAUGGAAGAUGCUACUAUAUUUCUUCAUCUUAGCGUAGAGAAGAAGGCCUGGCCGUUUUCGAUGCGCAACGAAAGUGACACUGAGUUUACUUUCUACCAAGCCAACCCCAACGUAGACGAAGAUGGGGUCGAAGACCGCUCAGGCUGGCGGCCGGUUCGAUACCGGUUGCCUCCACGCAGUAUCAUGCCGUACGCUUGGGACUUCCCUGCUGCCAAAUUUAGAGAAGUGGUAAUAAGUGCCUUUGGCAAGGAGCGGCAUGUCAAGCUGGCCGAGAUCGGUAAUCAAAUUCCUAUGAGGUUUGUCAGCGCAGCCGGUGCUCAGAAGAUAAUCGACAUCAGUGUUGCUGCAGACGGCCCGACACAAACAUUGAUCUUAUCCAACUACAAACCCAGCAAGAGUCUCUACAGGCAGAAGUCGCAGAGCGGUGCUAGUACAAGCGGGUUUGAGGUCAAGAAACAGGACACUGAGACCACGUUCCAAGCCGCAUUGAAACUAUCGGGGAUAGGGAUAUCGCUGAUCAAUCAGCAGAUGAAGGAGUUGGCAUAUAUCACCUUCAGAGAUAUCAGCCUUCGAUAUAACGAGUCGACCCUUUACCAAACCAUCAGUACCUCUAUCAAGUGGAUACAAAUCGACAAUCAACUCUAUGGUGGCCUAUUCCCUAUGAUUCUUUAUCCCAGUGUAGUGCCUAAACAAGCGCAAGAGACUGAACUUCAUCCAUCAUUACAUGCCAUGGUCACCCGAGUCAAGGAUGAUAGCUACGGUGUGUUGUACGUCAAGUAUGCCACCUUACUGCUACAGCAGAUGACCGUCGAUCUGGACGAGGACUUUAUCUAUGCCGUAUUAGACUUCUCCAAGGUCCCUGGUGCCUCGUGGUCCGAGACGCAUGAAGGCAAGCUCUGUGAUGAGGGUAUUGAUAUUCCGGAACCCAAGCAAGAACAAUCCGGGCAAGACAUCUAUUUCGAGGUGCUAAACAUCCAGCCAAUGCAGCUCGACCUCUCGUUCAUGCGCACGGAGCGCGUUAACAUUGAAGACAAAACGUCAUCUCGAAAUCCCAUCAUGUUCUUCGUCAAUGUAAUGACCAUGGCGAUCGGGAACGUCAACGAUGCUCCAAUACGAAUGAAUGCGCUGCUUUUAGAGAACGCCAGAGUCUCCGUCCCCGUGCUUACGCAAAACAUAUCCAACCACUACAGCCAAGAAGUGCUUUUCCAAGUCCACAAGAUCAUUGGCAGCGCCGACUUCCUCGGCAAUCCAGUCGGCUUGUUCAACAGCAUCAGCAGUGGUAUCACGGAUGUUUUCUACGAACCCUACCAAGGCCUGAUCAUGUCGGACAAGCCUGAAGAUCUGGGCCUAGGAAUCGCCAAGGGUGCCGCUAGCUUCGUCAAGAAGUCAGUCUAUGGUUUCUCAGAUUCAUUCUCCAAAGUAACGGGCAGCUUCGGCAAAGGCCUGGCAGCCGCGACUCUCGACAAGCAAUUCCAAGACCGCCGUCGUAUAACGCGUGCCCGCAACCGUCCCAAGCAUGCCUUAUUCGGAGUGACAGCGGGCGCGAAUUCCUUCUUCACCUCGGUGGCCUCUGGUAUCGGUGGUGUGGCCCGUAAGCCACUAGAAGGUGCCGAACAAGAGGGUGCCGUUGGUUUCUUCAAAGGAGUCGGCAAGGGAUUCAUCGGACUGGCCACGAAACCCGCAGUGGGCGUUUUCGACCUGGCGUCCAAUGUCUCGGAGGGCAUCCGCAACACAACGACCGUGUUCGACGGGUCAGAACUCGACCGGGUGCGUAUCGCGCGGUUCAUCUCGGUGGACGGCAUCGUGCGCCCAUACAAUCAGCGCGAGUCCCUGGGGCAGUCGUGGCUCAAACAGGUAGACAACGGAAAAUACUUCAACGAAGACUACAUUGCGCACAUCGAGCUACCGCGGGAAGACAUGGUGGUCAUGGUCACGUACAGCCGGAUCCUCCUCAUCAGGAGCAGGAAGCUGAGCGCGGAAUGGGACGUCCCGCUGCAAGACGUGCAGACCAUUGCGAAAGAGCGCACGGGUCUGAGUAUUAUCUUGCGCGGCGGGACGAAUGGGCCUUUCAUCCCUAUUGGUGAAGAAAGCGGACGGACGUUCCUUUAUCGUCAGGUCGCUGUUGCUGUGGAGGAGUUUAAUCGGAGAUUCAGAGGAUUGGAAUGAACU